UUAGUUAUUUCUGCAAAUGAUAUUUUAAAUUAUUUUAUUUUAUUUUUAAUUCAAACAUUUUAUCUACUUUUUUUAUUUUUAAUAAUUUCAAUGGCUAAAAAAAAUAAAAUUUUUUGUGUAAUUAAUCUCAUAAUAUUAUGCAAUAUUAUUUAUGGAGAGGACUGUACUCCAAAGAUAGCAAUAAUCGGAGGAGGAAUUGGUGGAGCAUCAGCCUCACACUAUCUCACAGAUUUAUUUAAAGACGAUGUGGAUAUUGAUUUAUUCGAAGCUGAUGAAAUUGGUGGACGGCUGGCGACAUUGAACAUAAACAAUGAUGAGUAUGAAACCGGUGGUUCGAUUAUUCAUUCCAGGAAUAAAUUAAUGAGACACUUUGUACAGCUUCUUAAACUCGAAGAUCGACCAUCUGAACUCGAUAUGGUUGCUGGAAUUUGGAAUGGCGAUGAAUUUGUUUUUAAAGAAAGUUUUUAUCAAAUGGUUUCAUUGGUAAAAUUAUUUUAUAGAUAUGGCCUUGAACCGUUUGAGUUACAUAGGUUAUUAACAAAUUCAAUCCUUGAUGACUUUGAUCACAUCUAUAAUCUUCAAGAUGAUGGAAUUGGUUUUGAAAAUAUUUCAAGUUUACUGUCUGGAAUGAACCAUAAAUUUCCAGAAAUGCUAGAAAUUUCUUCAAAAGAUUUUUUGCUAAGCCAAGGAUACUCUCAUAAAUUAAUCAAUGAAUUAGUUGAAGCCACUUUGGCUGUUAAUUAUGGCCAGGAUACUGAUGUCCAUAGCUUUGUUGGAUUCGUAUCAGUUGCAGGUGCAGGAUCUUCUCUGUGGUCUGUAAAAGGAGGAAACAAAAAAGUACCUGAAAAUCUUAUAAAAAAAAAUAAAAGAAUUAAAGUUAUUCCUGCAGUAGUAAAUAAAAUAAAUUAUGCCCCUAAAGAUGAUGGAUCACCGGAAUAUCACGUGUUCUAUAACACAGGAAAAUUUGAAGACACAUGGAAGACUUAUGACGUUGUAAUUAUUGCUACUCCAUUGACUCAUGAUCAAAAAAUGCCUAUUAAUUUUGCUGGCUUUCCGGAAAAUGUAAACUUUAAAUUUGCUGGAGAUUAUCAAACUACUUAUGCAACAUUCGUAAAGGGAAAAAUUAAUCCUAGUUAUUUUAAGUUAGAGGAAUCAAUUGACGCUAUUUUGAGUUGUAAUCCUAAUAAAACUAUUAUGAGUUCGAUUGGAAGGCUGACUACAGUUGAAGGAAACAACUCUGAUGUUUGGAAAAUAUUUUCACGGAAACCGGUUGAAAAAAAUUUAAUUAGUAAAGUGUUCCUAGAAGUAGAUGAAAUUAAAGAAAUAAAAUGGAAAGCGUACCCAAAAUACUCAACAAUGGAAUCAUCAAAUAAUUUUAAGCUCUUUGAUUCUCUGUAUCAUGUUAAUGCCAUCGAAUGGGCAGCAAGUGCCAUGGAAAUGAGUGCUAUUGGCGGUCGGAAUAUUGCAAUCUUGGUACACAAUGAUUAUAAAAAAAAGUGCAAUAUUUCUCAAGCGUCUGGCUUGAAAAAAAUAAAAAAUGAACAAACUAGUAGAGAAUUAUAA